UUGUUCAGCCCGACACGAAGCUAACAGCUAACACUGACUGUGAAGAUGUCGUCAGACCGACACACGGAACGACGCUUGCGCCGCUAACCUCUCACCUGGUUGUCUUAGUUAACUCGGGUUAGCUCUGAUAAACCCGGUUUAGCUCUGGGUUAGCUGUCCCGCUCCGGGCUUUAUGUCCUUGCUGUUGUGGAGGAGGACGGGCUAGCUCGUCGCUUAGCCCCGUUAGCAUGUUCCAGCUAAUUGUCCAGUGUUAUUAAUGUUGGUAUCGCUAGCCGAGCUCUGGCUGUUAGCUUCUGGUUAGUGUAAUUCUAUGGAAGUAGCAGGUUAGAUGGGGAGCUAGCCUCUCUUUAUUUAAUCCUGUUAGCUGCUGGUUGUUGUGGUUAGCUAACUUGUUAGCCUAUGUGUUGUUAUUUUACAUAUCCCGGGCUGUUUCCAUCAUGUGUUGCCGUGUACAGACCACAGAGCUUGUUCCUGUGGCAAAAUGUCGCGUUAAUGCUUCGGUUCUUUUAGCUAACAGAGCUAAAGUUAGCUGUUGCUAGCGGGAGUCAGAUGUCUUUGUUUCCAUCUGCAGCUGUUAGUUUAUGAUGUGAGAGCAGGUUAACUCUGUUAGCUUAGUUAGUAGGUAGACUAUAGUAGAUAGGACAGUUUGUUCAGGGUUUUACUGUUUGUGAGUGUGGCAGAUGCUAAGCUAACAGAAAAAUCAGUAACACAGGCCUCAGAUCAGUGUUUAGUUUAUUAUAUUUCAGAGUUGUAUCUAAUGUAUGGCUGAUAUGCAGCUGUCAGUGCACUGACCAUCAUCAUCGCCAUCACUAAAGGCCGGCAGCAGGUGGAAAUAUCAGGGUUACUAUGGCCCUCACAUCAGGCUGCAGGCAGAGCUGCUCAGCGUGUGUCGUCUACCUGCUUAUACUGUCAGGAUGCAUUGCUGCAUCUCAAAGGAACGACAACGUCUAUGUAUCAGGAAUCUCUAGCGCUUGCAGCGACGUCGCAGAGCUCCUGCGGGCGUCCAGUGGUAUCAUCACCAGCCCUGGCUGGCCCUUCCAGUAUCCGGCCAAACUGAACUGCAGCUGGAACAUCAGAGCCCGACCCGGAGACACCAUCACCAUCAGUUUCCAGGACUUUGAGCUGCAGGGUUCCCAUCGUUGCUCCUCAGACUGGAUGUCCAUCAGCAGCUACAGGAGCCUUGAUGGACUGCGGGUUUGUGGGUCCUCCCUGCCGCCACCCUACAUCUCGUCUCAGGAUCACGUCUGGAUCCACUUCCACUCUGAUGACAGUCUGACAGGAAAAGGCUUUAGACUGUCGUACAUCACUGGUAAACCAGAGGCAUCCAGCUGUGACGUAGACCAGUUCCACUGCUCUAAUGGGAAGUGCAUCCCAGACUGGUGGCGCUGUAACUCCAUGGAUGAGUGUGGUGACAAUUCAGAUGAGGAGCUGUGUGUGGACUCUCCCUUCUCCUUCCAGCCCUGCAGCCUGAACCAGUUCCCAUGUCUGUCCCGCUACACCCGCAUCUACACCUGCCUUCCACACAGCCUGCGGUGCGACGGGAGCAUCGACUGCCAGGAUCUUGGUGAUGAGAUUGACUGUGAUGUUCCCACUUGUGGAGAAUGGUUGAGGAACUUCUACGGCUCCUUCAGCUCUCCAAACUACCCCGACUUCUACCCUCCAGGAAGUAACUGCACCUGGCUGAUCGACACCGGAGAUCACAGAAAGGUCAUUCUGAGGUUCACUGACUUUAAACUGGAUGGGACGGGUUACGGUGACUACGUGAAGGUCUAUGACGGUCUAGAGGAGAACCCUCGCCGUCUCCUCAGGGUGCUGACUGCCUUUGACUCAAGAGCGCCGGUUGCUGUGGUUUCAUCAUCUGGUCAGCUCCGAGUUCACUUCUAUGCGGACAAGAUCAACGCUGCCAGAGGAUUCAACGUCACCUACCAGGUGGAUGGGUUCUGCCUGCCCUGGGAGGUUCCCUGUGGGGGGAACUGGGGCUGUUACACUGAGCAGCAGCGGUGUGAUGGAUACUGGCACUGCCCCAACGGUCGGGAUGAGGUGAAUUGUUCCUCGUGUCAGGAGGACGAGUUCCCCUGCUCCAGAAACGGAGCGUGUUACCCUCGAUCGGACCGAUGCAACUAUCAGAACCGCUGCCCCAAUGGUUCUGAUGAAAAGAACUGCUUUUUCUGCCAGCCUGGGAACUUCCACUGCAAGAAUAAUCGCUGUGUGUUUGAGUCGUGGGUCUGUGAUGCUCAGGACGACUGUGGUGAUGGUAGCGAUGAGGAGAGUUGUCCUGUCAUUGUUCCCACCAGAGUCAUUACUGCCGCUGUUAUCGGCAGCCUCAUCUGUGGCCUCCUUUUGGUCAUCGCCCUCGGCUGCACCUGUAAACUCUACUCACUGCGCAUGUUCGAACGCAGGUCUUUUGAGACCCAGCUGUCCAGAGUGGAGGCGGAACUACUGAGGCGGGAAGCCCCACCCUCUUAUGGUCAGCUCAUCGCCCAGGGACUGAUCCCACCUGUGGAGGAUUUCCCAGUGUGCUCUGGGAGCCAGGCAUCUGUCCUGGAAAACCUCCGUCUGGCUGUCCGUUCUCAGCUUGGUUUUACCUCCCUCAGACUCCCUUCCUCCAGUCGUCAUAGCAACCUGUGGCGCCGACUCUUCACCUUCUCGCGGUCACGACGGUCCGGUUCUUUGGCUCUGGUCUCUGCAGACCUGGAGGACAGUGCUGGCACUGGGAGCACUGGGAGUUCUGGUUCAGACCUACUCUCUCCGGACUCUGACGACACAGAUACAGAGGGGGAGCGGGGGAGGGAGCGAGGCGUGGGCGCAAUGGGUGGGCCUGUUGCCCCGCUCCCCCAGAAAACCCCACCUUCCACUGCUGUGGAGGCUGUCGUAUCAGUGACGACGUCUGCAACCUCUAUGACCCCAACACCAGGCCGAGAUCGAUGCCGCGACCGGCCCAGGGAUGCCCCGCCCCCUUCCAGCCCCAUCACCAUGGCAACAUCCAAUCCAGAUCCUGAAUGUCACAGUGAUGCCUCAGAGCUCCAGGCCCUGCCCACCUCUGCCUUGCAUCGUCUGGCCCAGAACCUGCACCGUCUUGCGAGGAACCUGACCAGAACCAGUCAGAACCAGCAGAACCAGACCUGGACCAAUCACAGCCCACUCCGCCAACUGGAGACAGGAAGAAGCGGGCCCGAAGCUGCAGAGCGACGAGGGAGCAGAGAUGAAGAAGAAGAUGUGGAGCUUCUGAUCCCUGUGUCCGACUCUGACUCUUCCUCAUUGAUCAGUGAUGUCCAACAACCACUGCUGGAGCCACACCCCUCCUCCACUGCAGGCCACGCACCCCGCCAUCACAGAGGAAACAGUGGUCGAGGAGGGCGGGAUGGCCCAUGUGAACACUGCGGGAUGGUCCACACAGCACAGAUCCCAGAUGCCUGUCUGGAGGCCACGGGCAAGACAGAGAGCAGUGACGAUGAGCUGCUGCUGCUCUGCUAACAGGCUAACCUGCAGGGCUUACAUGCUAACCGACACACUAAUAGUACGAAUACUACCCUGACCCAACAUCUAAAGUUAGCUAACAUGCUAGCUGACACGACUUACACUGUUAAGACUAUCCUGCCCCUACACCUCCAGUUAGCUAACAUGCUAACUGACUGGCUAACAAUAAUACUGCCCUGGCCCCUACAUUUCAAAUUUUAGACAGCUAGCCAACAUGCUAAGACUUCAGAGUAGACAACUGCUAGCCAACAUGCUACCACUUCAGACUGGACGACUGCUAGCCAACAUGCUAACACUUAAGACUAGACAACAGUUAGCCAACAUGCUAACACUUUAUGCUGGGCGACAGCUAGCCAACAUGCUAACACUUCAGACUGGACAACAGCUAGCCAACAUGCUAACACUUCCGACUGGACAACAGUUCGCUGUAAUUUAAAACCUGUUAGCAUGUUAGUUGGACUAAAAGUUAGUGCUCAGCAGGUUUUGGCCUUGAGUUAUGUAGGAGAUAACCAAUCAGAGACUGAGGGGAGUGAUGUCACUGAUUGGAUACUGAUGUUGGUAUGAAAACUCUCCCAUGUUGUUCCCCUGGUCCGUCCCUUAAAAUGCUCCCCUCCUCCUCGCAGGCGGACGUCCUGCUCGUUGGUACGACUUCCUGAACAAUGACUGGUACGACUACAAACUGAGUCCUGACUGAGCAAAGUGAAGAUUCCCUGAUCAUUGAUCCAGGAACCUUGUCUGCCUCUGAACUGUCGAUGUGCUGGACUCCUGCCCCCCUUUAAAGGAAAUGCUUAGAAUAACAUCAUAUGACCGAUGGAGGUAGCCAAAGAUAGUUGCCAGGUGCUACUACACCGAGGUGAUUCCCCCCCCAGGUGUAGUAGUUGUGAGUUUAACUACAGGUCUCACUUUGUGCUGUUCUUACCUAAACUGAAUUUCAUCGCUCUUCUCUGAGCUACAUCUCUCUUCCUCCUCCUCCUCCCGAAGUGGUCAUCUCUCUGAGCUGGAUCACUGUCCUCAGUCUGUCUCUUGGUGGUCCCUCUUCUCUUUUCUCCAUGCUCUGUUCUGUCCCUGUUCUCUGACUCCUCAACUUCAUCUGUCCUCUUAAUAACUUUAUAAAAAAUCAAACUGGUCCUGAGGAGGGCCAGGCUCUGAAACCAUCAUCAGAUAGGUGAGGUUUUUUUACUCUGUGAAAUUAUGAUUUUCGUUUUUAUCCUAUUUUGUGAUGAAACCACGUUCACAUGACACCGCAUGACAUCACAGCUGGAUCUGCCUCACGCUUUCUAUUCAGAGUAGUGGCUGGUAAAAGGCUCAGCAUCGUACAUUUCACAAACCACUCAUUUCACUGUUGUUAAGCUUGACCUACAGAUACGGUCUGAGCCAGUUAGUCUGAGACCACUGCCUCACCUCAGUGACGUUACUUGUCUGAGGACGAACAUUGACAUUGAUCACACUGACCUGUGAGAAGGCUCAUGGCCUAAAGAGGGGGAGUGUUGUCCAGGGUGGAGUCUCAUUCUGCAGCAGUGCAGGUGUUGACUGAUCACUAUCAGAUGUCACUGAACGUGGGCAGGAAUUAUAAAUACUAGAUUUGCAGGAAUUACUCAAUCCUGCUCUGAAAUUCUAGACCUGGUUCUCAGUCCAGAGCACAUGAAAUCCAGACUCAUGAGGGUUUAAGACUCAAAAAUCUCAACUCAAUGGUUCUUCUGAGCUUUCACUCGUUUUAACCCUGAGAUACUGACACUGUAAUGUACCAUACAUAUAUAUACCACACUAUAUAAUUUUGUUCAGUUUCCAUUGAAGAGCGUUGAGGAGGUACAGGAUGAGAUGAACAUUAGUCAAUCAGGUGAAUCAAUACUUGAUCACUAUAGCAAUUGCUAAGCAACCACCUGCAGAUGUCAGUGAGCACCUUCCUGCUGACGGCUCCACACCUGAUUAUUGAUCAGCUACAGCUUUGAAAAAUCAUGUGGUGCGUUUCAGAUGUCAUGAUCAGCUGGAGCUCAAAGAUAUACAUGUACUACAAACUAGAAAAUCUACUACAUGUUCUGGUUUAACAUCCUGUCCCCUCUUCUGUAUUAGUUCAUGAAGAACAUCACAAAUGUAAUUUUCACUAAUCAGUCCUAUACUUUAUAAAACAUUUCAAACCACAUCAUUGGUACCACUGACACUAUUGAUAUCAGUGAGCUGGUCCCACAGACAGCUGAUGUUGGCGUUAGCUGGGCUACCUCUAUCAGUCAUGUGAUCCUGUUCAUGUCAAUUGUAGCGGUCCCUGCAGUCUUCUGUGCUGUCGGUUCAGGUUCCUAUUUGGUUCCCCCUGUUGUUUGAUGUUUCUACCUGUUCAGGUUUUUGACUGGUUCUAAAGGGAAGGCAAGGAUCUAGAUUGACUGUUCUCCAAGACAGAGGUCUAGAGCUGUUGGUUGUACAGGUCCAGGAGUUUUCUUGAUCCUGUUACAGAGAACGUUCUAGAUCUGAUGAUCUUAAAAUAAUCGAGAUUAUUCCAUAAAGAGAGGACGUUUUUAUGUUUGAAAAGUCAAAGGUCACGACUUGUUUACAUUUAUUAUUCAACAUAAAUGAGUCAAAGUUAUAAUAGACUUUGGAGGAGUCUGGAUGAAGGAUCAGAACCAGAACAACAGAACCAGAUCCAGUCUGGACUCUGAGGUCCUCACCCUCCCCCUCCUCCCUUCUCAGACUGAAGCCAUUCAAACUGACCUGUCUGUAUUUAUGAUCUUUGUUACAGUUUUUGGUACUCAGAUCUCAGCUGACCUCGUGUGAGUGUGACUGUGUAUAUUUAUUAUUAUUAUUAUUAAUAUGACUGUGUUAUUAUUGUUACUUUGCUGUUGUGUAGUUGUUUUUCUGACCUGCAUGAUUCAAGUUGUUUGGUGUUAGUUUUUCUUUGAGUCUGUAAAGUUAAAACUGUUAAACUGCACUAAGAUUAAAAGUUCACAUUAAA